UCCUGUUUUAUGCUCAUGCCAACUCUUUCAACAAGGGAACAAUUAACACCAGAGAUUUAUGCCAAGGUGCAGAAGAAGCCAGCAACUGAGCAGAAUGAAGCUGCUCCCAUCCCAAAGGCAAAAACACAUUUCGUUCAGGAAGCAAAGCAAAUUGAUAAAGAAGACAUAGAAACAAAACUACACUGCUACCCAGUCAAGGAAUGGGAUCAAAGUGGGGUGAAGCUGGAAGACCUUGGCAAGAUAAUUCAUUGUUCCAAGGUUAAAAUCUGUCGUCAACCCUGCAAGGAUAUUAAUAACAGAUGGUUGAUAUUAUUCCAAAACCUCCUGCUUAUUCUCUCUGAGGAUUCCCAUGGCUUCACAUACCAGGGUACACUCCCUUUAGCAGGGAUUACAGUAAAUGGCAUUGACAACACCAAUAACAGCUCAGAGCUGCACCAUGCUUUUCAAAUUACAGGUCCACUGCUGCAUCCCUUUACAGUUUACUGUACCACGGAGGAAGAGGUGAAGGAGUGGCUGUAUUGUCUCAACAAGCAAAGACAAGUGAGCAGCAAGAUUGCAGAUUCCCCUCGAGCACAAAUAUGCACAGAACUCGAUUUUCGCUCAGAUUCUUACUUACUGUUUCUCAAUAGCAUCAAAAUAGACCAUCUAGCCACCAGCAAAGGCUGCUUGUGGGAGCUUGCCGUGCUCGAGAGGGAGGCAAUGGCAUAG